CUCCUGAACUCCAGGGGGCGCUGAUUCUGGAACUGAGCUUCUCUAAAGCGGAUCAGAAGAAGAUCCGCAGUGUUUCUGUAGAGAAUCAGGAUCUGCUGCAGGAUGGAAAAGACUUCCUGUUGAACGCCUGAUGCUCAGAUCCACCUAUAGGAUUAAAAUUUGAUUCCUUGAUCACUUCUAAACACACCUCCAAAUAUUUAUUUUAAAACUGGUGAUAAAUCACAGGAUAUGGAGCCUGAAACCUUCAAAUCUGAGGAAACAUCCUCUUCUACUCAGCUCAUCACUCCAUCUUUCAUACCUGAAGAAAAUAUUACAGAUAAUCUGAGAUCUUUCAGGUGUUCAGAGUGUGGAAACAGUUUCUCUCGACAGAGUCUUCUCCGGAGACACCAGAGAAUUCAUACUGGAGAGAAACCGUAUUACUGCUCAGUGUGUGAGAAGAGCUUCAAUCAACAGAGUCAUCUCCAACAACACCAGAGAAUUCAUACCGGAGAGAAACCGUAUCAGUGUUCAGAGUGCGGGAAGAGCUUUACCACACAGAGUUAUCUCCAAACACACCAGAGAAUUCAUACUGGAGAAAAACCGUAUCACUGCUCCGAAUGUGGGAGGAGUUUUACCCAACAGAGUAUUCUCAGAUCACAUCAGCGAAUUCAUACCGGAGAGAGACCGUUCUACUGCACCGAGUGCGGAAAGAGCUUCAGAGAGAGGAACUGCCUCAGAAAACACCAGAGAAUUCAUACUGGAGAGAAACCGUAUUACUGUUCAGACUGUGGAAAGAGUUUUACCCAACAGAGCAGUCUCAAUCUACACCAGCGAAUUCACACCGGAGAGAAAGCGUUUCACUGCUUAGAGUGCGGAAAGAGUUUUAAUAGGCAGAGUCACCUCCAAGAACACCAGCGCGUUCACACUGGAGAAAAACCCUAUUUCUGCACCGAAUGUGGAGAAAGUUUUACUCAUCAGAGUAAUCUCCAACGACACCAGCGCAUUCACAACGGAGAGAAACCGUAUCUCUGCUCAGACUGCGGAGAAUGUUUUGCCUAUAAGAGUAGUCUUAUAUCACACCAGCGUGUUCACACUGGAAAUAAACCACAUUAGUGUGGAAAAAGUUUUUUUUUUUUCUCUACACUGGAUCAUUUAUUCUGGAUCAACUUCAAAGCUAAAUGGGUUUAGAGGGAAAUGUUAAGU